UUAAAAAUUAUCUAGAACAUCAUAUCUUAGUUUGUGUGCCAAUGGCUUCUUCUCCUCUCCCUCUUCACUCUCUCACUAUCUCCCCCAAUUUCAAGUUAUCCACUGCAAACCACCAUCAUCUUCUUCACGUGGGUCCCAUUUCUUGUUCUGGGUUUGGUUUCAGGGGUGGUCAAAUUUCCACUUCAAUUCGGAAAGGACGAUUAUUUACAGUUUCUGCUGGAGAUUUUAUUAUCGAAGAGGAUGAUGUUCUGCUUACUUUUUUAAAGGAGAGAGAGCUGAAUGGAGAUUUUAUAGCAAAAGUGUCUGAUAAACUUUGGAUGAAGAAUGCAAUAAAAAUUGACAAUAUUGAAAUUGAAAAUGACUUAAGAAAUGAUGCUACUCAACUGGAUGAGCCAUUUACUGAAGAAAGUGCGGGUGGUUUCUUGAAAUUGACGCCAACAAAUGAGUGGCUAUUAGGGGAAAAUACAGCACCAAUAAACAAGAAGUUGCGAGCUAAGGAACUACGUGAUGACAGCCAAAAAAGGACCAGACUGAACCUACUUCAAUAUGAAGCGGUAAAGAGGGAACUAUUCUAUCUAACAAUUGUAAUUGGAAGUGCAUGCAGUGGAUAUUGUUUAAUAGCAUUCUCAACCCAGGCUGCUGUGAGUUAUGCAACAGGCGUUCUUUUCAGUUGCUUGUACCUUCAACUUUUGUACCGGUAUGUGGACAACCUUUCAAGGGAAGCAGUACCACAAAUAUUCAGGCAAAGAAAGAUAAAGAGAAUUGGAAUAAGGAGCGAUGACUUGGAGGAUACUUUUGAGAAAGUGGUGAAGGGUUGUAGCAUGGCUCUGUCAUCUCCACGCCUUGUAAUCCCAGCUGCCAUAUAUGGUUUGUGGGGUCUCUCUCAACAUUUUGCAAAUGAUUACUUUCAGCUUACACCAGCAAUGGUAGGGGUGUUUGCAUAUAAAGCUGCUGCAUUGGUGCAAGUUUACAGAGACAAUGAAGAUCUUCAAUUAAUUCUUCCUGGGAAUGAUGAGGAGUAGCUGAGAGACUAAGUUCCUUGUUAAACUUCAUACUUGUCGAUCCUCCUUCACUAUUUUUCAACUCAAGUUCCCCCAGCAGAUUCACAUUUUUGAGGUCCUUUUAUAUGGAAGAGUGGGUGUUUGCUAGCAGGCUCUUGGGAGAGUUCUUUUGCUCCAACUUGCGGAUUGCAUAUCAAUAAAUCUUUUGCAAUGAGCUUAGCUGUAUAUUAUUGUUAAGGUACAUGGUUUGUAACAUGUUAAAACUUUUUGCGUAUCGAGCCUAACUUAAUGUCUUCAUAUUAGUCUUGAUUUUUCAUAGUAACUUUAAUUCGAAGUUAGUUCGACUGCAAAUAUUUUAGUAAUAUCUUUCAGAAAUGAA